AUGUCUCCGGUCAAGACAAUCAAGGACAUCCCAACUCUCAGCAGUCUGUACAAGCUUAAGCGUCUCUUGCCGGCAUCUUCAACAGUGUCGGGAGCCAGCAGCGCUUACAACGACAAGAUCUGUGUCAUCCGCACCGACAUUACAAAGCUAGAGGUCGACGCUAUUGUCAACGCAGCCAACGAGUCUUUAUUGGGAGGCGGCGGUGUCGAUGGCGCUAUCCACCGAGCAGCUGGCGAUGGACUCUACUAUGAAUGCGAAAAGCUAGAUGGUUGCAAGACUGGUGACGCAAAGAUCACUAAUGGCUACGAACUGCCAUGUAAGAAGGUCAUCCAUACAGUCGGACCGGUCUACUGGAGCACCAAGAAGAAGGGUAUGCACACCGGUCUGCUGCAGUCGUGUUACCGCCGAUCGCUCGACCUCGCCGCCGAGAACGGUUGCAAGAGCAUCGCCUUCAGCGCGCUGAGCACUGGUGUCUACGGAUACCCUAGCGGUGAGGCGGCACAUACUGCUAUUGGUGAGGUCAAGAAGUGGCUCGACACUGACGACAAGGCCGACAAGCUUGAUCACAUCAUCUUCUGCAACUUCAUGGAGAAGGACGAGGACGCCUACUACGAGUGGCUGCCCAAAUACUUCCCAUCGGCCGAGACGAGCGAAGCACAGAGCAAGAGUGAUGAGACCAAGACGGAGACCAAGACGGAGACCGAAGAACAACAGACAAGCGAGAGCAAGGCGAAGGGUACAGACACAGUCAAGCCUAGAGCAGGACAGCAGACUGAGAUGGAGGACAAGACGGAGGCUCUGGGACAGACUGAGGCCGAGGAAAGUGGUCAGGAGAUGCCCGAGCUACCCAACGUUCCUACCGCUGCGCCAGGCGAGCACGACCAGCCCGAUGCAAAGAAGAUCAAGGUCGACCACGCCUGA